AUGGAUAUAAAUCAAGAGGAUAUGUCUGAUCCAAUAUCUGGAUCAGAUCAAAAUUUAAAUGAAGUUUUAAAAAAUGAAACCAUUACCUUGCCGAUGAAUUGUACAGGUUCAGGACACACAAUUUGUUGUGUCUGUCGAUUGGAUAUUAAAGAACAUGCUAAAACUAUUUCAUCUGAAGAUCGUGACUUAGUUCUGUUAAAGAAAAAUGUUUUUAUACCAGAGGGAGCAAGAUGUUGUUCUGUUCAUAUGAUAAAUCAUCAGUUAACAACAGCAUCUAUUGAUAGAGUUGCACCAUUAUCAAUACAAUAUAAAAAAUUCAAUUCGAGUGAUAUUCAAGUAUUAAUAACUAAAUGGCAAAUGCUAUUUGAAAAAAAAAAGCGUUUAGAUUUUGAUAAUCUUCAUUCUUUAUCUGAUGAUGAGUAUAAAACAUUUACAAGUCUUUCAAAAACUCAAUUUGAUGAUCUAAUUUUUCAAAUAUCCAUGUCUAAAAUUCGUAAUUCUAGUAAUAGAUCAAUCCGUACUGCAAUUGCUAUUUUGUUAUGCAAGCUUCGCCUCGGUCUUUCAAACAAAAUGUUAGCUAUUUUAUUUCAACUACCAGAGAAAAAAGCAAUAUCUCGAGCUCUCGAAAGCGCUCGAGAUGCGUUAAUGACCGAGUUCGUUCCAUAUAAUUUAGGAUUUAAUCAUAUAAGUCGUCGUGAAAUUAUCGAUCAACAUACUUCAGCAAUUGCUAGCCAGUUGAUGUGUGGUGAUGAAGCUGAUAAAGUAAUUGUUGUUGCUGAUAGUACAUACAUAUUUAUUCAAAAAUCUAGAAAUAAUAAUUUUCAAAGAAAAACAUAUAGUCUCCAUAAAAAACGUUCAUUAUUAAAACCAAUGAUAGUAGUUUCAACUACUGGCUACAUCAUCGACUGUAUUGGUCCUUUCUUCUCUGAUUUUUCCAACAACGAUGCGUCAAUUAUGAAAAAUAUUUUGUUUCGAAAUACAAAUAAAAUUAUAGAUUGGUUAAAUCAGGACGACGUUGUUGUUGUUGAUAGAGGAUUCAGAGAUUCAGUUGAUAUUAUGGAAGGGCUCGGUUUAAAAGUAGCUUUACCACCAUUUCUUAACGGUCGUCGCCAAUUUACAACAACUGAGGCGAAUCAAUCAAGAUAUGUCACUAAAAUCAGAUGGGUAGUUGAAGCAGCAAAUGCUCGAAUUAAACAAUUUAAAUUCUUUUCUAAUACAGUACAAAAUUCUUCAUUACCUCAUCUCGAAGAGUAUCUUUCAAUUUUUCUUGAAAAAAAUAAUUUGAAAAAGCUAACAUCAAAAUGGGAAAUAAUUAAUCAUACCAACAUACUCGAUGAGUUUCCGAUCUUGUCUGAAAAUGACAUAGUAAAUAACAUUACUCUAGGUGUAUUCCAACUUAAACGUGCUCGAUCAUAUGCCGAAGAAAAAACUUCAACAACAGAUCUUACUGGACCUGUUGAUUAUACUAUGUACAGAUGUAAGGAAUUUCCAGAUAUAAUACGCAUUCCAACCCGGUCGGCUCAUGUCAAUCGGUUAACACAUAAUCCAAUCAUUCAAUUCACGUCAAAUGAUAUUCUAGAGUGGUGGUGUGAUUGCCCUACUGGAAAUGGCAUGUUAGGUUGUUGCAGCCAUAUCGCCUCCGCAAUUUGGUUUUUGUCCUUUGAACGUUGGCAAUCACACAAUCGUCAAAUGCCGUCAGGCGAUUUCAUUAACUUAGCUACUGAUGCCAGUCUGUUGUCUGAUUUUUAUGAUUCAACAGAUGAUGAAGAUGGUACCAAUUAA